GCGGCGCUGGCCGGCACCAGCGUGGUGGUGAAGUCGCUGAGCGCCGCCGUCCUCCUCCUCUACCUGCUCUCCUUCGGCCUGGACACGGCCUACGGCCUGGGGGUGACCCCCGGCUACCUCCUGCCCCCCAACUUCUGGGUCUGGACGCUGCUGACUCACGGGCCCCCUGGGGCCUGGCGGCCAGCCUGGCCCGCGGCCAGCGUGGCCACGCUGGGGGCGGCCGGCCGGCUGCUGGAGCCCCUCUGGGGCGCCCUGGAGCUGCUGGUCUUCUUCGCGGUGGUGAACGUCUCGGUGGGGCUCCUGGGGGCCCUCGCCUACUUCCUCACCUAUGUGGCCUCCUUCCACCUCGCCUACCUGUUCACCAUCCGCAUCCACGGCGGGCUGGGCUUCCUCGGGGGAGUCUUGGUGGCCCUCAAGCAGACGAUGGGGGACAGCACCGUCCUGAAGGUGCCCCAGGUCAGAAUGAAGGCAGUCCCCAUGCUCCUGCUCCUUCUCCUGGCUCUGCUGCGGCUCGCCGCCCUCGUCGAGAGCAAUAUACUGGCCUCGUACGGCUUCGGGCUCCUCUCCAGCUGGGUCUAUCUCCGUUUCUACCAGCGGCACAGUAGAGGCCGGGGAGACAUGUCCGACCACUUCGCCUUUGCCACUUUCUUCCCCGAGAUUUUGCAGCCCGUGGUGGGUCUGGUGGCCAACCUGGUGCACAGCAUCCUGGUGAAGGUGAAGGUCUGCCGCAAGACGGUCAAACGCUACGACGUGGGCGCCCCGUCGUCCAUCACCAUCAGCCUGCCGGGGACGGACCCGCAGGAUGCCGAGAGGAGAAGGCAGCUGGCCCUGAAGGCCCUGAACGAGCGGCUGAAGCGUGUGGAGGACCAGUCGGCCUGGCCUAGCAUGGAGGAUGACGAGGAGGAGGCGGGGGCGAAGGCCGACAGCCCACUGCUGCCCGACCCCAGUGCGGCCGGGAAGGGCGCCGGCCAGGAGUCCAGCCUCAUCACCUUCCAGGAUGCCCCGUCCCAGCUGUGACCGGCCGACACACCGCCCCCCUUCCCCGCCCCAUCUCCGUCGGAGAGCUGCUAACCCCCCUCGUGUUCCCCCCACGCAGCCGGGACGCUCAGCGGGGCGCGGGGACUCCUCCCGCGGCAGAGGCGGGGGGGCUACCUCAUUCCAACGCUUCGUCGCUGCUCGCGGCCAGCACUGGGCGCCCAGGAUGACGACGCUGCCGCCACCACAAGGACGGGGGUUCCUCGAGCAGCUCCCCUCGGCACAAGGUGGGCUGUGGAUGUUGGCACUGGCAGCGGGGGAUGUUCCGGCGUGGGGACGUGGGGCUGAUCCAGCCUCAGGUGUGCCCCACGCGUGGCGGGCCAGCUCCCUGCCCCGAGGCUGCUGUGCUUGCCCAUGCAGGAAUGAAGUCAGCAGCGCUUCCUCGCUUCUCCUCUGCUCCAGGGGUUGUCCAGAGCGCUCAACACUUAUUUCCUGCUUUCUGAAGGUAGUUUUGUCCCUAACCAAGGGAACGGGAAGGCUGGUGGGUUUCUUUUCUGAAUCCCUUUCCCGUGGGGAGCCUCUCCCCACCCCGGCAGGAGCUCGCCGUGACCGGUGAGAGGUUUGCCAGGCAGGGGGACAGGCUGCUGGGCAGGAGGGGGCUGCCCAGCCCCACAGGGUGGUGGUCCGGCACUGCCAGCUCCGGGCUUUGCUUGUGGGGGGUUCUCUCCUCCUCCCUCUCCCACCCCCGAAGCCAGUCCUGCGAGGAGCCGGUGCCCUCAGCCGCUUCCCGGCUAAUCCGUUUGUCAGAUUACACUAGAAGCUGGAAUUAAUUUUUACGGUGGGGCUCUUGCUGCUUCCUCCAGCAGCAGGUUUUCUUUCUUGUGGGCUCCCCCUUCUUUUUCCCUCCCUCUGUGUUGAUGGGCUUUUUUCUUUCUGGAUGGAGAGGAUGCUCCCUGCGACAGCCUCCUCACAGCUCCUGAUCCCCCGGGCAGUCCACAGCCCAGGAUGCGGAUCGAUGGUGUCGUGAUUAUUUUUUUAAAGGACCACACGAGAAGGUUUUGUCAACUGGGAAAAACACAGAUGUUUCGGUAUCAAUAAAGAGUUCUUC